GGGUAAGUCACACGCUGAGUAGUGUGCCCCUAUUUAGACACAGGCAGAGAUAUGUGCCCUGAUUUAGACACACGCAGAGUAGUGUGCCCCGAUUCAGUCACACGCAGAGUAGUGUGCCCCGAUUCAGUCACACGCAGAGUAGUGUGCCCUUAAUUACACACACAGAGUAGUGUGCUUCCUUUUUACUUUAGUGACAUGAAAGAUGAAACACGCAGAGUAGUGUAAUAUUAUAUUGUCAUAACAAUUGGACAUCAUACAGAGUAAUAUGUCCUUACCUAUACACAUAAUAUUCAGUCGCACACAGAGAAGUGUGCCCUUAUAUAGUCAUAAUAGACAGACACACGCAGAGUAGUGUGCCUUUAUAAGUUAUAUUGACACAAAAAGUUGUACACACGCAGAGUAGUGUGCCCUUAGAGACAUAAUAUUCAAACACACGCAGAGUAGUGUGCCAUUACUACUUUUGUAAAAAUAGUUGGACACACAAAAACUUGUGUUCCUGAAUCCUCGUAUGCAAUAAGAAUGUAAGACAAACUACAUGGACUAUCAUAUGUCUUUUGAUUCUGAACUGUGAACAGUUUUAAAUAUUGUCAAUUUAAUAUAAAGCAAAUGUGCAAAAUAUGCUAAUUGUCAGAUGUUGAAGAUUUUAUUUGGUUAACAUCAAAUGUCUGUGAGAUUUCACUGUUGAGUUGACCUAAAAACAAAAUUUUACAAUGCGUACAGUAUUGUUUUCAUAUGGUAGAGAUUUCAACUUGAUGGAAGUUGCUACCAUAUGUUAAAGUUGUAACUUAAUGUAAACAAUUAUUGAUUGUUAUUUGGACACUUGUAGGUAGAUCAUACCUAAACGGAGAAAGGCACCAGCAGCCCAAGGGGAUCCCCAGGCAGCAACGCCUAGCAACACAGUCACCCGGAAAAGACAAAAAACAGUUUCCGUGCAAGAAAUUGACUAUCAGAAACUGGCGGAAGAAAUUCUGAAACAACAAAGAGCAACCAGCUCAUCUGCUAGUGCCACAAUUUCAGUGCCACCAGUAACAAGUAAUGUCAGUAAUGAGACAGUUCUAACUCAAUCAACGCUCCUGACAGCUGCACAAUUGCCAACUGCCCCGGUACAAGAGCCAGCGCCAGCAGUAAUUCAAAAUGCCUCAAGCAAUGCCACACAACAAAUGCCUGCCAUAACAAGUCCGAGCACAUCUACCUCAAGCAAUGCCACACAACAAAUGCCUGCCACAACAAGUCCGAGCACAUCUACAAAUGCAAACAACUCAUCCACAGAUGUGACAGUGUCAUCAUUGGUUUCUCAAAUUUUUGGGACAAAUGAAGGCUGCAUUCAGUUCCAUGCCUCAUUUAAACCAACAACAGACCCAAAUACCACUGAAGUCAUUGGCAAUUUGAGUCAGCAAGCACACCACCUUCUGUCAGCAGCCUUGUCCAACACCACCAAGUCUGCCUACAAAAGAAGCUGGGAUUUGUUGCUACAGUUCAACCCCACUGUGACCUCGCUACCAAUUUCCUCUUCAGUGACAGCGAACUUCAUUGCUCACCUCUUUACCAUAGGUUAUUCCCCUAGUAGCAUAUCAUCUCAUAUAUCAGCCAUAAGCUAUCUACAUAAAAUUCUUGGUCUCUCAGAUCCAUCAGAUUCAUUUUUGGUCCGGAAAAUAAUGCAGGGAUGUCACCGUUCGGCUCCUAACAAAGACACCAGGUUACCAAUAACGGGCCCCAUUCUACAUAACUUAGUUUGCGGUUUACAAAAAUCUGUGCAAAAUCUACACUAUAGAAUCAUGUUAAAGGCCAUUUUUCUGUUGGCAUUUAAUGCCUUUUUACGCUUGGGUGAACUUGUAGUAAAAACAAAAGGUUCGUUAAACACAGUCAUUCAACGAGAAGAGGUUUCUUUUGAAUUUUCAAACAACUCCCCCUCUGCAGUUGUCCUAUUACUGAAAAAUUUCAAAACAAAUAAGAAAAAAGACCUUUUCCAGAUUCACCUGAGAGCCAUGGACAACAGUGACAUGUGCCCUGUUUUGGCAUUAUAUCUCUAUCUUCAAGCCUUUAAUCACCAGUCUGGUCCCCUCUUCCAAUUUAUGGGAGGUGACCCAGUUCCUUAUGCAUUUGUUUCAAAAAAUUUACACAACACAGUUUUGUUCAUUGGUUUAAACCCUGCCCUGUAUAAAGGUCAUAGCUUUCGCAUAGGAGCUGCAACUCAUGCAGCCCAGCAAGGUUUUUCUGAGAAUUGCAUACAGAAAAUGGGCAGGUGGAAUUCAGAUGCUGUACGGAGAUAUAUCCGUUUACAGAGCUUUGUUAUUUAAAAUGUUAUUUGA